GCGGGCACCGGGGCUCCCUUGCUGUACUUCGGGAGCCGGCCGCCCUCCUCCCCGCCGGGCGGUGCGGCUGAGCGCGCGGAGAGAGGGGGAGGUUUUACACCCGCGGGCGGAAAAGCCUAGGCUGGAGCCCCCGUGUGAGCGAGGAAGGAGUCCCCUGCCAGUGUGAGUGUGUGUGCACGCGGGGGUCAGUGUGCGGGUGUGCCUUGUGGCUGCGGCGUGCACGGAGUGUGGAAGCGGAGGAGGGGGAGUGCAGGCAUGUGGUGGGCGUGAGCAGAAGCGUUGGGGGUGCUGCUUGGUGGUGGUGGUGGCGAGAGCGGGGACAGGAGUCGUCUCGUGAGUGUGAGUAGGAGGCAAGAGUGUGUCUGAAUGCGCUCCGCUGAGAAAUUCUUCUGGAAGCUGCAGCCAUUCGUGAACAGUGGGUUCUUUGGGGAGCCAGAUGCCUUCCCUAUGUUUGCAACCAACAACCGAGUGAAGAGGAGACCCUCCCCUUAUGAGAUGGAGAUUGCUGACGGAGAAGAUGCCCUGGGGAAUCUCGAGCCCCCUCUCCUAACCCUUGCCCUCAUGCCCCCAGGUCCCCACACCAAAGUGGUGCGGCGUAUCUUCACCAACAGCCGGGAACGAUGGCGGCAGCAGAAUGUGAAUGGGGCCUUCGCAGAGCUCCGCAAGCUGAUCCCCACGCAUCCCCCGGACAAGAAGCUCAGCAAGAACGAGAUCCUCCGCCUGGCCAUGAAGUACAUCAACUUCCUAGCCAAGCUGCUCAAUGACCAGGAGGAGGAGGGCACCCAGCGGGCCAAGCCUGGCAAGGACCCUGUGGUGGGGGCUGGCGGAGGGGGUGCGGGGGGAGGGGGCAGUGCGCCUCCAGAUGACCUCCUGCAGGACGUUCUCUCCCCGAACUCCAGCUGUGGCAGCUCCCUGGACGGGGCAGCCAGCCCGGACAGCUACACAGAAGAGCCGGCACCCAAGCACACGGCCCGCAGCCUCCAUCCUGCCAUGCUGCCCGCCGCUGAUGGAGCCGGUCCUCGGUGAUGGGUCUGCAACCACCCAGGACCAGCUGGGAGGUUGCCCUUCGGCUGCUGGGACCAUGGGCUUCAGGGCAGGUGGGGUGAGGACUGGGCAGCUCUGAAGCAGGGUGUGGACUUGAUGAGCUUUCCCUGAUGUCUGAACUUUGAAAAGUCCUAACCGCCCCUGGGGCUGGAUAUCCUGUUUCCUGCCUCACUAGGAGAAAAGAAAAAUGGAGCAAAGUGGUAGGUACUUUUUAUGAAGACGGCACGGUCUUCCCCCUUUUCCAAAUCCCUGAGGCUUCUCAAGUAAGAGGCUCGAGUGGCGCUGCUUUUGGCCUGGAGCAUGGGGGCCCUGCCGUCACUGAGACCUGGGUGGUCAGUUCCUUCCCAAGGCGUCUGGCAGCCUCUGCCUGCCUUUAAUGCCUCCAAAGCUGGCUAGGGUGGCUUUUAUGGCCACAUGGUCCAAAUAUAGGUACCUGAUAGCUGCCCAUUUCUUGAGCCCCAUCUUUACCCAGGCCCACAUUGGUCCAUCCAGCUUGCCAGCUGCCGCAGAGGGUCACAAGCCUCGAGGUGCCUUCUUCAGGGCCUGGUUGAAGAAGACAGCCAAUGGACAGCCUGCUCUCGACUAGCUGGGCCAGAGAGUCAGAAAACACAGUAGCCCUUACUUCUUUCCCUGGGGAUUGAAGGUCUGCCUUCUCCCCACUGAGACUUGCCUUCCUUAUCCUUGUGGCUCUGGGGACCAAGUCUGCAGCUGUGAGCGUGUCCUGUGGGCUUUGUGCGAAGGCAGAGACAGGAGAUGUGCUGACAGUGAAAUUGAGCACGAGCUGUUUGGGACACGUGGGCUUCAAGUCACCGUGGUGUCUCAGAGCUACCUGCCUGCGUUCUCAGCGACACAUUGCUGUUCAUGCGGGAGCAGAUGCCAGUGUGCUGAUGGGUGUGUGUUGGUGCAGAGUAGAGGUGCAGCCCCAUCUCGAGUUCUCCUACUGCUCAGAGGAAGCUUCCUGCGGCAGGAUGUCUGUUUGCGGAUGGUCUGGUCUGUGUUGUGAAACUGAACCGGGCAUGAACUCUGUCCUGUGAGUUCCUGGCAUUUGGGAUCUUGCUUGACUUCAGUUAUUGGUGGGAUCUUUAGGUCUUGAUAUGACCCAGGAUCCAGCCCUACUUCUAGAGCCCAGGGAACCCAGUGAGAGACCAGGCCCUGGCAGAGAUCCAAACACACGCGAAUUCACUUAGCAGAACCUUCGACAGCCCUUGAUUGUGCAGAUUUCAGUCAUCAAGGGUGUUUAUGGGAGGCUGGCUUAAUGCAGUCGGGGUGCUCCCCACCUCAAGUUGUACAUCACAUUUUUGUAAAUCAAACCCUUAUCCUUCAUCUUUUAAAGAAGUACUAAUGCAAGUCCUUUGGUAAAAUGGAGAAUCCUUUUGUAGAGUGGACCACUGCCCCUUCAUUAUCCCCUCUGUCAAUCCAGGUGGUGGGACGUAGUUUUCUUAAGGCGAGGCCUGCCUGUGACCCACAUCCCAUGCCCAUGGAACAGACUGCACACAAGUCCUAUACACCUGUCACCUGCCCUCCAGUCACCCCAGCCGGCUCUGACCAGGCUCUGCCUUGGAGAUCAGAGGGAGAAGGAUGCUCUGGCUCUGCCCUGCCCAAAGCAAUGUGGAGGAACCGUUGCUGCUGCUGGCAGGAGAAGCCCUCACACGUUGUGGGCUUCAGUCUGGUGGCCUGCCCUCACCGUGGCGGGGCCUCGGGAACAGCCACACGCACCCGGGGAGUGAUCCCUUCUCCCCUGCCUACUUCCUUUUAAGUUGUGAGGUCCAGUCCCUGGGGAUGGGAGCAACAUGGGUAACCCUUGUAGCACUCUCUGUCCUAUUUCAGCCUCCUCUCCAUCAUAUUUUGAUGAACAUGAGGAUUGGUUCCCUUCUAAUUUUUGGAAGUUCCUGUGGGGAAUCCCAUCUGUUUAAAGACUGAGCACCUAUUCUCAGUCCUAAGGCUGCAUUUGCUUCCUUGUGGAUUAACUUGACCUAGGAGUGAAAAGUGGCCACAGUGAGCCAACGUGGGUGGGAUUUAGGAGAUGGGUCACACAUUCUCUCAGGGACUCAAGCUUCCCGCUCCCUCUUCUCUCAGACUUGCAGUAUGACCUGGGAAAGUUCUCUCUGUCAGUGUCUCAUAAAUACUCUGGUUUGGCCUGUCUCCUAGGGCUGUGGUGUGGACUGGAUGGAAUCAUGAAAGUAGAAGCAUUUUGAGAUGGUGAGGAACUCUGUUGCCCUCAGUAUCAUUCCUGCAGUGGGGUUUCCUAUCCCAAGUCCAGGAGCCGGGCAGUGGGCCAGUCUGCCUGAGUGCACAGCAUCGGGUCAUUUAGGUUCUAAACCACUUUCACCUGAAUUAUCUAGAUUAUCCUCAUUUCUCCAGCUUGAUCUCAUUUCUGUCUCAUGCCAAGGCGAGGCACAGGAGUGAGACUGGAAAAGAGACAUGGGCACAUGAGCAGAAUAUGGAAAAAGGAACACAACCACCCACAACAGGCUGGGUAGGGAUGAGCAAAGCUUCACGUCUCUGUUAAGAAGUAGACAAGGUCCAUGAUUUUAAUUCUCGUUGCCAGCACCUCUCCCCUACCACACCCUUCUCCUUCCUCUGCCCCCUCUUCACCCACGAAUAUUCUCCAUCCAAGAAUAAUAUCUGUACAAAAGGGAAACUAUAUAAAGAUGAAAAAACAGGAGGAGAACAAAAAUGAUUGUCAGUGACUGGAGGGAAUCACAUCUCUUAAGACAAAUUCAUAUCCUUUUAUUUGUAGUGGCAAACAACAAGAUGGUACAACCUUUAUCCUUUCCCGAAAGCAGAACAAAGGGCACAGCAUCUCUGGUCAGCCGCCAGCUGUCUCGGCCUUUGGGGGUGGUCUCGUCGUACUUGUGGUUUGGAUGGUACGUGGCCCCCGCCGAAGGCUUGCCCCCGGCCCAUGUACAUAGCGCGUCGUCCCUGCGGGCGGGCCCAGCACUUUCCGUCGAUGUUGUACUGUACGUGAUGCGUGGCGUUGGUCUCUGCAUUUUUCUGCAGAAGAGGAGUAACCGCUCCAGGUACCUUGUCCUUUGUACAGCCCAGAGGCCAGCACUGUGGGCGUGUGACUCUUUAGCGACAAAACCCAUGUGGUGGUGAUGUGUGUAUAUAUAUAAGGAUAUAUUGGGAAGAUUUCUAAAUAAAAGUUUUACAGAGGG